AUGUUUCAUUUACCGAAAGCUGUCACAUACACUUGCACUAUGAGUAUUGGUAUUGGUGGUAUGAGAAAUUGCGAUACCUAUAAAAAUGGGGCGUUUCUAGAAAAAUCAAUGACAUGGAAAGAGCCGUUUGGACAAUUCAAAUGUUGGUUUGAAGAAGCUCGCGCUACGAAAACGAUUCUGGAGCCCAGUGCAAUGUGUCUAGCCACAGUUUCACAGGAGGGUUUUCCGUCAGCCCGAUUUGUAUUGUGUAAGGGUUAUGGUAAAGAAGGAUUCAAAUUCUACACAAAUUAUGGAAGUAAAAAAGCUAAAGACAUAGAAGGGAAUCCUAAUGUUGCUGCUACGUUUUAUUGGGAUAUCCUGAACAGAUCGGUGAGGAUUGAAGGCACAGUCGAGAAACUCUCAGAAGCUGAAAAUUUAAAAUACUUUCGCACACGUGCAGUGGCCAAUCAGAUAGCAGCAUGUACGAGCUACCAAAGUACACCGAUAGUUUCUAAAGAUAUCCUAUGUCAAAGGCAAAAGGUUCUUGAGCAAGAAUAUCUGAUACCUGGGAAAGAAGUCCCAAAACCAAGUAACUGGGGAGGAUACCUCUUAGUUCCUAGGUCCGUUGAAUUCUGGCAGGGUCAUAAUGAGAGAUUUCAUGAUCGCAUAAAAUACAGAAGACCAUACAAAGGGGAAGUGCCAGAUCAAAAACUAUUGCACGAAGGCGAAGGUGGGUGGGUUAUCGAGAGACUUUCGCCAUAAAUCCUGAAAAAUAAUUCUUGUUGUUAUUAAAAUUUAUAAAUUUAUAAUUUAUUAAUUUCAUUUAAUCAUAUAAUUAUUAAUAAUUUAAUCAGUUAAAUAAAUAAAAGCAAAUGUCUAUUUAUAUGUUUGUCCUCUAUGCGUUCCUAGGAUAUAUGAAACUUUAUUGAUAGUCCAAUCAACAUAUUAUAGGUGACGCGCGAAUAGUUUCAAGAAGUCGAUAGCGAUAUGUAGCCACAGCAUAAUAAAAUGGUUUUACUACCAAAUAAUUUAAUGUUUCUUCUAUAUUAAUGUUAGCUUAUUAAUUG